GGGAUCAGUUUACCAAAAACAGAAUGUACGCAAAGAUACAGAUAUGGCGAAACGAAACCAGUUUUGGUCUCAACGAGAGGUAAGGAACUUCGAUUCGAUGCCCGGCAGUCGUCAGAUCAGAGCAAGCGUCUUUCAUUUCUGAGGUUGUGGGUUCGAUCCUCACAUCAGACCAGUGGCGUAACGUUAUAUCAGGGGGCCCCCGGUUCAAAAUUUUCGAAGGCCCCCCUAGUAGAAGUGCCAAAGGCACGAGUCGAGCGCCGUAUAUGCAAGAGUUCUCUAGGGGGUCCAGGGCAUGCUCAUCCGGAAAAUUUUUGAAUCUGGACUCUCUGAAAUGCCAUUUCCUGGACUUUUGGGGAGAGAUUUUACAGAAUUCUGAUGGUCAUAAAACGACAUUGUAACAUAUCAGAGGCCCUGGCGAAUGUUUUUGCUCUAUCGCCUAAGCCUGGGGGCCCCCAUUUGGGUUGGGGGCCCCCGGGUUCUCCCGGUCUGAGCCCAUAGUAGUUACGCCACUGCAUCAGACUAAUGACAGUUAUGUGAGAAGAGUUAGUCAACGCGCUACCGAAAGUCGUGGGUUUUCUUCGGGUACCGGUACUCCGGUUUCCUCCCACAAGGAAUGUUGACCCUGGAGCAGGGCUCGAAGUAGAGGGAAAAUAUGGCCUGCCAGUCAAAAAAUUUUUGGCAGGUGAAAUAAAUUUUAGCCUGCCAUUUUUAUUCAUUGAACUGCCAAAAUGGCGAUAUGUCGUACGAGUCGUAUUGCAAAAAUCAAUGUUUUCAUGAUUAUUGAUUUUCAAUGAUAUUAUUUUUAAACUUGUCUAUUUUACUACAGUAAACUUGGAUUUACAUUUCAAAUAUAAACGUAUAUUUAGUCAACUAAAUGAUCUAGUAUAUAUAUGAGUUGUGGUAAGCAAAUGAAAUGAAAUAUAUCUAUAGAAUUUCACCUGCCAUUUUGUUUCUGACUUGGCAGUUCAAAUUUGUUUUUGCCUGCCAUUUCUAAAAUGUUUGCCUGCUUUUGGUCAUUGGCAGCCCGCUAUUUCGAGCCCUGCCCUGGGGUAGGUUGAUAUUAUCCCCUAACUGACCCUUGCACAGUAGCUGUGCUCCGUGAUCAGACAUGAGUCAUAAGGUCACAGAGUAGAGACAUACAGAGACGUAACUAGUGUACCCACUUUUUUGUGCGCAUGGUCGGCAAGUUACUAGAUGCAUGCAUCUGAUUGGAUGACAACCUGAUGACGACUCACUUUAAACUUGCUGAGCACGCGCAGUUGAUCAUUUUUCGCCCGGUCGCCUGAAAAAAAGUGGGUACAUGAUAACGUAAUCUUCCGCAGUAUUUACAACGGUCAGUUACGUCUCUGUAUGUCUUAUCUACUCUGUGAUAAGGUGGCUGCCAGAGGCGCCCAGGUCACAGAAUAGGAAGGUACACCAGAAGUCUCAUUCAAGCAAGUAUUUGUACGCGUUUUUACAAGCGAUUCGUCAUCAAUCACGUCAUCCUGGCUAGUACAACCGGCACUUUGUACCUACCAAAACCUGAUAAAAACUUCCGGCUGUAUUAGCCAGGAUGGCGUGAGCGAGUUAAAAUUUUCGUGGACGUAAACACCGACUCAAGUUACACUUCUGCUGUACUUUCCUAUUUUGUGCCCAGGUUGAGCUGUGCAUGUCCUUCCCAAUUCAGCUUAGCUCUCGACUGCAACACAGAGUAAGCGUAACUGGCCGUCGUAAACACUGCGGAAACUUACGUUUUCAUGUACCCACUCUUUUUCAAGCGACCGGGCCAAAAAUGAUCAACUGCGCGUGCUCGGCAAGUUUUAAAGCGAGCCGCAAUCCAAUGGGAUGCAUGCAUCUAGUAACUUGCCGAGCACGUGCACAAAAAAUGUGGGUGCACUAGUUAUAACUCUGUAUAUGUACCUACUCUGUGACUGCAAGUAAGGAUGAUUGGCACACCCCAUUCAGAAACUGUACAUUUUUUAUUGCCGAUUUUUUGGCUGACACUUCAAUGAAGGGUUUGCUGCGGAUUAAAGUAAUGAUAAAGUGAAUUUGAAAACAAAUUUUGUUUUAAACAUGUUAGACGGAGGAAGCGUCACGUCAAGAAGAUGAAGUGAAACAAAAAGAAACUCAGAAGGAAGAGGCGGAAAGAAAACGAAAGGAAAGAGAGGUACGGAAUAACCUUAGCCAUGGCAUGUACUACCGAGACGUAUAAACAUCCCAACGCAUAAACAUCGGCCAACUCCAUUUACCAACCAAUGGUAGUACCGACCACUUCAAGUCACGUUUUGCCCAAUGCUCUGCAUGCCAACUGAGCUACGCGGUCAGGUCGGUUCGAGUAUGUGAUAUUUUGGAACUGAGUCUAGUUCCUUUGAUAUCAUUGUAACACCAACACAGAACAAAAUUCAUGAUUACUAGAUUGCAUUGAUAUCGAAGGAACUAGACUCAGUUCAGAAAUAUCACAUACUCGAACCGACCUGACCGCGUAGCUCAGUUGGUAGAGCAUUUGGCUAGUAUUCCAAAGGUCGCAGGUUCUAUUCCCACCAUGGCCAGGCAUAUUUUUCAAGUUUACCCGGUGUGGAUAUUCACUCAGAGUAACAUCACAAACAUCAUAUAUUCACCUGAGUACAUAACACCAACACAGAAAAAAAAGUCACGUUUUCCCCACAUAAUGUCCGUUUUACCAACAAGUUUUCUAAAAAGUGUGGGUCGCACCCCUCACUCCCCCUUCGCUCGCUAUACCCCUGACCUCAGAGGUAGUUCACUGUCAGAAAACUGUGGCGUCCAACAAAUAAUUUGGUUUAGAUUUGACUUCCAUUACCGCUACCUUUAAGGGAUCAUUAACCAAUCACAUGCGUUUAAUCUACCCGAUUAGCCAAUCACAUGCGUGCUUAGUGAAAGGUAGUGGUUGUGCACGUCAAAUCUAAACCUCGCUAUUGUAUAUUUGACAGCUACAAGAAGCGAAAAAGAGAGAAGAACAGUUCAGAGUGAGAUCAAAAAGUAUUGAAGAAAAGAGGUACCGGAGCACAUUAUAUAACCUCGUCUUCAGGCUCUUUCCUCUACGCUUGUACGAAGAAGAUUGCGCGCUAUAUUUAUUUUAAAUUCGCAAUUAUCAGCUAUAUUUACUUUAGCUUCUUCCUAUAGUAACACUGAAACAGAAAAUCUUGAAUAAAUGAAGUUAGUUUAGUUAGUAUGAUUUUGAGCUAUCCAGUAUACGUAAGCUGAUUUAGUUUAGGUUUCCUCUUGUGAUAACACCGGUCCAGCAGGGAUGUCAACCUCGUUCUCAGGCUCUUAACCUCUUGUGCAGGAAUUUGACCCUGGUAGGAGCUAGUUACGUGAUCUGCUGAAAUCUAGCAGAUUUUUCAUUAAUGGUGAUGAUAAAUAUUUGAUAUUUAUACUUUAAUUUAUAAACUUGCAUUUUGUUUUGCAAAUUUUAUUUCAUUUUAUUUUAAAGAAAUCCAAGAUAGUUAAUUAGAAAUCUGCUAGAUUUUAGCAGAUUACGUGACCAGCUCCUACCAGGGUCUUUCCCCCACAAGAGGUAAGAGCCUGGGAACGUGGUUGCAGGGAUGUCCUUACUGGACCUCUAGAACUGAUAGAGAAAGCCAGUAUAAACAAGGUUAGCUUAGGUUGGUGUUUCUUUUGUAAUAACACUAGACCAACAAGGAGGGAUGACCCUUACUGGUCCUCUGGUAAGACUGUUUCCUGACCUGUCUCUCACUUCUUAGUCUUGAAAUAUUUACUCAGGAAACAGGACCGAGACACAGCCCAGAGGCAAGAGGAAGAAAGGAAAGAAAAAGAAGCGGCAAGAGCUCAAGCUUAUACCAAAGAAUACGAGGAUGAGAAAGCGCGAUCUGCGGCUGCAGGAGGAAGGAGACAGGUACGUGUAUGCCUGUCAUCUCAGAGUAGAACAUAAUCUUAAUAAAAUGUUUUGUUGAGUGCUUCAUGAAAUAAACCCAUUGCACCUACUCACUCGUUCUCACCGAAAACUUGCACUAUGAUGAAAGAAACUGGAGUUCAUUAUUCCACAUUCUGAGUAGCUUUUAGUUGGAAGUUGUCCUCCGAAUGCCAUGCAUGAGCUCAUUUUAAGGUCAACUGCAUUGUGUCUAUACUUAUGUCUAUACAUAAAGUUUUUAUUCUAUUGUGUUUCUCCAGUGCAUUUUUUAAGGAUUCUUCAGUGGUCGGGCAAAACUGCCAAAGGGCCCAUUUUCCUUGCCGUCCACACAGCAUAGUAUGCGGUCGCCGAAGAUGUGAGCAAAGUACCGCAGGCACGAGUUACUGUAGCUAGGGGUGUUGAAGCUGGGGGCAUAUCCCCCCGCCAGGAAAUUUUUAAAAUUUGGGUCUCUGAAAUAGCAUUUCCUGCAUUUUGAGAACACAUUAAAAAAAUCUCAGCUUCUCAAAACAAAGUUUUAAGGUGAAAUUUGUAAUAAAUUGCGUGCUAAACAUUCAAACAUAACAUAAGUUUAAGUAUGCUCACCAACAAAUUUUGUUUUUUAAACUUCUUUUCAACGUUAAACUCAUUUACUCAAUACAGGUCCUAGGGCCCUGGCUUUGAGGCAAUAGGCCAUUUUUUUCUUCAGUGGUGGGGCAGGGGAAGGGGCCCAGUGGGGCAAAUGCCCCACCAGUCCAUGGUAUUAAAAAAUACCUUGAGUUUCUCACUAAUUGGUGAGCGGAUUUCCCAACAGUCCAUUACCCAAUUGAUAUGGUAUCCGAGACACCUACGAUUUUAACGUCCUUAUCCUUUUCGUGAUGUCCAGGUCAAGAAACGUUUAAAGUGAAUUUGUAUUCAUUUCAGGAAGCUGAAGAGAUGAUUAGAGCUGGCAAAGCUGUUAGACCCAUACCUCCUGUUCCUCAAGCGCGGCCACGUCAUGAGCCAGAACCCGAGCCAGAACCAGAAAUCGAGCCUGAGCCCGAGCCUCGCUAUGAGCCGGAACCUGAACCAGAGCCAGAGCCUCGUUAUGAACCGGAGCCUGAACCCGAGCCUGAACCAGAGCCGGAGCCUGAACCAGAGCCGGAGCCUGAACCAGAGCCGGAGCCUGAACCGGAGCCUGAACCAGAGCCGGAACCCGAGCCGGAACCUGAGCCGGAGCCAGUAAGUAUCGUUUUAAUGCACCCUUUCGGAGAAUACGUCACUUUGGCUAUAGUGCCUUGUUUUCGUGUCUGUGACAUUAGCCGAACGUCUCAAUCACGAAAACGAGGUGGCGUUCCUUCCGAAAGCGUGUAUUGGUCGUUUAUAUUAUCUAGCGACGCAUUUAUAUUCGUCUGGAAGAAUUUGGAGUACAACAUAGGUUAAGAGACGGUCCUUAAACUACUGGAUCUCUGAGGUGAACAGUCAGUCAGUUGUCAACUUUGGACCAAAAGUUAGAAAACUUUGGAUGGGAAGUCCACAAUAAACUGAAUAUUCAUUAUUUUUCGCUUACAGGAGCAGGAUAAUGAAUAUGAUGUUCCAGAGAGUGGUCCAGGUACAGGAAGAGAUCCGUCAACAGGAUAUUAUGACACUGCCGCUGACCAACAAGAUGACGAUAAUCUCUAUGACAACGCUGACGCCAUCAUUGACACUGCCCAGGUAGGUGAAACGUAUUCAUGUUAUUAUAGGACCUCUUUUGUUAAACACAGAAACUUCACGUUUCACUUGUUACACUUUUUCUUCAUUGACUUCUUCUCGUGAUUUUUCGUGACUUUUUAUUCGUGAUUUCUCGUGACGUUUUCGUGGUUUCUUGGUACAUGUGUUAUUUUGUUUAGUUUCAAGGUAGAUGUAUAAUAUAUGAUGUAUUUUCAGACUGAAUCAACUGAAGAUGGUGGCGUGAGGGCGCAGGCUUUAUACGACUACCAAGCAGGUAAAAUGUUUAACUGUAAACAGUCCAUGUAAAUCAUGCAUCCCUACCAUGUAAACACAGUAUGUCGUGGUCUGAACUACAUGAAAAACAUUAAACACGCUUCUAGCGAAGGCCUUCGUCUAAACUCUUGAUUCUACUUCCAUCACAUCUGACUGAUGUAAGAAGAGUGUGCCGAGUUUGACUUUCUCAGACAGAACGGGUUUUCCACGGAUACUUUGGUUUCGUUUAGUAAAUGGUAGCACUGCACCGAUCUCUAAAGUGAACGGUGUAGAUCUUUGGGCAUCAAACCCAAUUUAACACAAAUUGCUAUUUAAUUAUCUAGCUGAUGAUACAGAAAUCACGUUCGACCCAGGUGAUAUAAUUACAGAGAUAAAUCAAAUCGAUCCAGGUUGGUGGCAAGGUAGGGCGCCUGAUGGCUCUUACGGGUUGUUCCCAGCUAACUAUGUAGAGGUCCUGGAGUGAGGUACGAACUAAUGCGCAAGAAAUUUGGUAAUAUUUUAGUAACGCUUUAUAUUUGUAGGUUAUUUUUAUACGUAAUUGCAAUUGAACUAUGAUGUGAUAUAAAAAUGGCCAAGGAGAAGAAUCCUUGCACAGUUUUGGGGGGAAAUUAUAAACCAGAAAAGUGUGUUAAAGUGCAUAUGACACGAAACUGUUUAUUGUCUAAAAUGAAGAAAGAAAUUCUUCAAACUUAAAGGAAAAUGGCGUUAUAAAUUUUUAUUUUCUCAUUUGAAAGAACUUUUGAAACCACACAUUAACUACUUUUACCGAUUUUUCAUAUCUUGCAUAGUUCUUGAAAUAUUCUCACUUGAAGUAAUUAAAUGUCCGCCAUCUCGAUCAAAAGUUCUUUCAAAUGAGAAAAUAAAAAAAUAUAUUUCCAUUCCCUUUAAUUUCUAUUCCAUGUUUCAUGCAUGGUUGAGAUACAGUCGAGCCCCUAUUAACGGACCGGUCCCAAUAAUUUCUUUGAUAAAAUACUAUUAUCACUUCCCCUUUUUAGCGGACACCUCUAUUAAGCGGAAGCGGACACUUAAAUGAUGAAUGUAAAUAUGCUAAAUUGAAUUUUCAUAACAGUCAAUGGUAAAAAUCAAUUUGAAGAAAUUUCACGAGACCCAUAUUUGUUAUUAAUGUUUAGCAGUAUUUCUAUGUAGUAUAAACGCGCGCUAAUGACUUGAAAUAAUCUCCUAAAACAAACUUUUCUUUCUUUAAUUUGUCAUUCAAGCAAUAUACCUUAUGCAUAAUGACAUCACAAGGCUUGCUGCCCGCGAGGAAUGCUGAUCUUUAGUGGUCAUCGCCCGGGAAAAUUUCGAUAGUGGCCAUUUUGAAUUGUUUAAUUUUCCUGGGCGAUGACUGCUAAGACCAGCAUUCCUCGCGGGCAUCAAGCCUUGUGACGUCAUUAUGCAUAAGGUCUAUUUCAAGAAAAACCUUGAAAUCGCAGGGUCCUCCGUUGACAUGUCUACCUUCAAUUACUACUAUUCCUAAAUUAGUUGGGUGUUACCCUCUACUGCGUUCGCUAUUGCAAACCCCUAUUAAACGGUACCCCUUUUAAGCGGACACAUUGGUGGGGUCCCGAAGGUGUUCGCUUAAUAGGAGUGCGACUGUAUUUCAUUUUCUUCGAUAAAACAAUGAAACCAUAUUGACCGCAUAUUGACGCCAUGUACAUCACCAUGAGUUAUUAACGAAGGCUUUUUAUAUCUUUGCUAUCACGAAACGAAAUCACUCAAAGAUUGAGAAUGAUUAAUGCCCCACAUGCUGCUUGCUCCACAGAAAGAAAACAUUCACACGGGUCAUAUAUGCACUUUAAUGAACAUUGUGAGGUGACAAUUUUCUAAUUACUGUAAUUCCAAUGACAUACCCUGUCAUAAUUCAUGCAUGUUACAGUAGCGUAUAGACUAAGAAUCAAAGGGCUCCACAUGAAUACGCUAUUUUGUAAACAUAUUACUAUUAAGGCUUGCGGGGUCUGCACGCAGGCUUAUAUAUUAUGAACUAAAGAGAACGUAAUUAAUUAAUACUGACAAACUGUGGUGGGCGAAUAGCCAAAAACCACAUUGUGAAGAAAAUAGUUUUUGAGAGAAAAAUAUGAUUCACAAAAUUGCUCGUUUUGUCAA